AUGGUGGCCGUCAACGAACUGACUACUCAAUUUUCCAUGGAUGCUAUUUUCACACCCCCAUCACCAUGUUCAACCUCUUGGACUUUCGAGCCCCAGGGUGCAAAUGGCGUCGAGUCCGGCCUGGUAAUCCAAAAUGCUGUUUCCUUUGUGUCUUCCUGCUUUCCCUCAGAUUUCGACCAGGUUGGACGCAUGCAGGGGUCUCUCGUCUACAGUCCUGGCUGGUGCCCUAAGGGCUACACCUCCGCCGACGUAGCUAUCGAUAGAGAGGUAACGACAGCCAUCUGCUGUCUCUCUGACUUUGGCUAUACCACCGAAGUACUAAAAUACGGCGAUGGCGGCUCAGACACAUACGCCGGGUGCACAAGCGUGUUCUCAAAGGGAAGCUCGACAAUCGUGCCCGUUCGGCAGGAGACCACGUCAACUAGGGUUAUCGGGCCUGUUACGAUGUGGGCUCAGCCUAUUACUGUUGCACUGGAGUCCAGCGACACGAGCCUGUUCGUUCCGCCAACGUCCUCCACCCCCUCUGUUGCCCGUGAGACCAGCACCACCCCGACGCCCAGACCAAGCUCUACAGACGACACCUCCUCUGACAGCGCGGAGUCCUCAUCCGGCCAGCUAUCAUCCAGUGCUGGGAUAGGUAUAGGAGUGGGAGUGGGUGUCGGAGGAUUCGCGAUAUUGGCUGCUGUAGGGCUCUGGCUCUGGCGUUCCCGAAAGAUAAAGCGGAGGCGAGAACAGGAUCAAAUGACAAUGGGAACUGCUGGAUAUACCCAGCCAGAUAUGCCAUACAGCCCCGUGAAGGAGUCUGCGCCGGUAUUGGAGGAAAUGGACGGGUCGAAUGGCGGGCCUGAUAGGCAUCGCGAUGUGCGUCAUGAGCUUGCUUAG